UUCUCAUUUUUCCAUUUCAGAAAUUAGGGUUAGGGCAAAAUAGUCAUAAGACGAAUCUCUCCCACUCGCAUUAGCGCGACGCGACCAGGGAAUCUACACAUACAGUUGAAGCGUCGAGAGAGAGAGAGACAACAGCCAUAAACGACUCUUCUCUUCUCCAAAUUUUCUUCAUUCGCUUUUGUUCACAGUAUCCAAUCCAUGGCGUAAUCUACGCAUCCUCUGAUAAUUAUAUAUUGCAUAGUCACUCCUCUUAUCUUACGACUCUGUUUUAAUUCACAACAACAUCUUUCGCCAAAACCCUAAAAAAUGUCGGGCGGGUUUUUCCGGGGUACUUCUGCUGAUCAAGACACUCGAUUCUCUAACAAGCAAGCCAAGUUGUUGAAAUCGCAGAAGUUUGCUCCAGAAUUGGAACAUCUGGUGGACAUGAGGAAAGUGAAAAUGGAUGUGAUUAGACCAUGGAUUGCUAAUAGGGUGACAGAGCUUCUUGGGUUUGAAGAUGAAGUUCUUAUAAACUUCAUUUAUGGUCUUCUUGAUGCAAAGGAAGUGAAUGGAAAGGAGGUUCAAAUAUCACUUACUGGAUUUAUGGAGAAGAACACUGGAAAGUUUAUGAAAGAGCUUUGGACACUUCUUCUCAGUGCACAGAAGAAUGAAAGUGGUGUUCCUCAGCAGUUCUUGGAUGCCAAAGAAGAGGAAACCCGCAAAAAGCAGGCAGAGAUGGAUAGGAUAACAAAUGAAAUUCAGAAGAAGAAAGAGAGGGAGGGUAAAGAACUUGACCGAGAGAGAUUGAAGAAGAUGGACGGAGGUGCUGAAACAAAGGCCAACGUUGCUGCUGUGGAUCCAACCUCAAAAUAUAUGCAGAAGGGUUCAACUGGUGAUCCGAAGGAUGAGAAAGAAACUGAAAAUAGGAAUGGAGUGAGAGGAAGAAGCAGGUCUUCUCAAUCUCCCCAGUCAGCCGAUCGCUCAUAUUCUCCCCCUAGGGGCUCGCCUUCACGGAACAGCAGGUCAUUUUCAAAUUCAAGAAGUCAUUCAGGUGAUAGACGCAAGUCAAGGAGUCUGUCAAGCUCACCAGAAGCACGAAGGCGAUCCAUUUCAUCUGAUAGGGUUUAUCGCUCACCAGAAAAAAGAUCUGUUUCACCUCAUUGGAGGUAUUCAUCUAGGAACUCCCUUUCUCCUUCAAGGAGGAGAUCAUUGUAUUUGAGGCAAAGAUCACCAUCUCCAGUGCGACACAGAUUGCAUUCUCCAUAUCGACGCAGAUCACCUUCACCAGUUCGCCGUAGAUCUCCUUCACUUGUUCGGCGCCGUCGAUCACGUUCACCAGUUCGACGCCGUCGAUCACGUUCACCCCUUCGACGCCGUCGAUCGCCUUCACCCCUUCGACACCGAAGAUCGCCCUCCCCCAUUCGACGACGACGAUCGCCCUCCCCCCUUCGACGACGACGAUCACCGUCACCAAUGAGGCGUAGAUCACCGUCACCAGUGAGGCGUAGAUCACCGUCACCAGUGCAGCGUAGAUCUCCCUCACCUGUGCGGCGAAGAUCUCCCCCUGUUCGACGUAGAUCACCCUCUCUCCUUCGCCAGAGGUAUCAAAGGUCUCCAUCCACUCCACGUCGGAGGUCUAUAUCUCCAAGGCACAGGUCACCAAUUCCUCCCCGCAGGAGGUCACCGGUUCCUCCCCGUAGGAGAUCUCCUUCACCUUAUGGAUCGAGUUGUCCAUCGCCUGUCCAGCAUAGGUCUCCUUCACCUGUAAGGAGAUCUUCAAAAGAACGUAGGAGGUCACCUGUUCAAUCCCCUGGUGAAAGAUUUAGUAUGCGGGAUAAAUCAUCUCCUGUGCCACGUAGACCCCCUAAUUCUUUGAGGUCACCACAAGGAGAUGCAAAAGAUCGCAAGGAUUUGCGUUAUAGACCGUUAUCUUUGUCUCCUUCACCAGAGAGGUCACCAUCUCCAUCACUUGAAAGGACGAGGUAUUCUAGUCAGGACAGGAGGUUGACAAGUCCUUAUGAGAGCGCUGUGAGGCAACUAAGAGUGAGAAGAAAUAGGUCUUCUAGUCAAUCUGCUAGCCCUGUGAGGCAAAAAAGGGCGCAAAUCACAUGUGAUGAAAGCUUAAGCCCUACACAGAAACCAAGGGAGCAGAAACCUCAUCAAGGAAGUCCUGAAUCUAGCAAAGAGGACGGAGAUGCUGAUAAUGUUCGAGAUUACAAGUCCAGGUAUUCGCAGAAACAAUCCAUGCAUUCUUCUAUCAAGAGUAAGCAGAAAGAUUCUCCUGUCAAGGUCCAUUCAAAGGAUGAGCAUUCUCCUGAAAGAGAGGUUGGUCGUCUGGUUACUGAAUCUCGGAGCCGUCUUGAUAUUAGGGAAACAAGAAAGAAAGACCAGGAAAUAAAGAGUGAGAAAGGUUCUCGGAAGGGGGAUUAUCUGGUAACUCCUGAGGAGGAGAGACACAAGGACAUACAAAUGUCUUAUGCAGGAGAGGUCCAAAAAUCUGAUCAGAAAAAGCAUUCACGUACAAACGACAUUAAGGACAGCAGUAGACGCCAUAAAUCAGAAACUACGCAGAUGUUGGUUGAGAAGGCUGAUCACAGUAAUGGUGGUGGUGCAUUUGAUUCUGGUUCUGACGAUAGUGACAAGCACACAAGUAAGCAAAAGCGAAAGCAUAAAAGGUCGCACAGGGAAGAAGUGGCUUCAGAUGAUGAUUACAGCUAUGACUCUGAUAUUGAAGAAAAGAAAGAGGCUAAGAGGAGGAGGAAGGAAGAAAAGAAACUGCGGAAGGAAGAAAAACGUCGGAGGCGUGAGGAACGGCGUCGUAGAAAGGAAGAACGGCGUGCAGAGAACCUCAGAUUGAAGGAUCUAAGUGAUGUUAAUUCUUCUGAUGAUGAACAGAGGAAGGAUUCUCAUCCAAGUGACAAUGAAGACUCACAUUCUGAGCAGAAGAAACUUGAGAUUGAAUUGAGGAGGAAGGCUCUUGAAUCACUUAAAGCAAAGAAGGGCAUUAAUCACUAAUUGUUGCCUGCAAUGAACAUUAUUAUUUUUUUCUUGUUAAGUUGUUCUUUACAUAUUUUCUAGGGACUUUUGUUUUGAACGGGAGUUUUUUUAUAUUGGUAACUAUUUUAAUGUAGUCUGUUUACUGCUGGCAGCUGAAAUGGAUAAAUGAGGGUUUCCUGAGCUAUUCUCAUGAGUGCGACUUUAUGCAGAUCUUGCUGCUAGAUUUUCUGAUGAAAUUAUUGUCAACUAGCUGAAUUGAUUGAGCAGACAGUGUGCGGAUCAUUUUGAACAAAUUCAGCUUGAGAGUUCCUGGGACUUUGUUUUCUAAAAUUCUCCAUGGUGCUAUUGUUCUCGAGCUCGUCUUAUCCCGAUAUCUGCCUAGAGUUUAUUUGAUGGCUUUCUCAUGUAUGUAUGUUGCAAUAGUUAGAUCUGUAUUGUAAGGCCAAUACUUGCUUUGCAAUUUAAGAUGUAGAUAACUUACACUUCUGAAAUAUUGGUUUUUGACCAUCUUUGGCAUAUGCAAAUAUUUCAUUUAAGAGUAGGAAUUGGUUAGAUAGUUUACCAUGUAAUCCUUUUUCUUGUUGUUACCAAUAAAUAUUCGAAGUAUCAAAA